CGUCGCGCGUGUUUCUCGAUUUGCGUUUGUGAUUCCACUAUAUAUAAAUAAUUUUGUACACACGAAAUAGAUGUGUGUCUUUUGAAAAGUGAGUGAAGCCAGAAUACACAAAAAAAAAGACAGAGACACCAUACAACUAGACAGUAGCGCUUAAACCUGUAACCAAAAAUAAAUCCUUCGAACAGAUUCACAAAUUCAGUGAUGUUUCAUUUUCGCAUUGAGAUUGUUGACGAUUGAGGUUUUCUGUGUUUGAAACGGUUGUUUCAGUUUCAUUUAAACUAAGUUCAAACUCUCGACAAAAUUCACAAGAUAAAAAAAAACAUAUUGUGCAACGCGCCGUACAGAGAAAAAAGGCAGCAGCAUCAGUAGCAAAAAAAAAAUAACAAAAACAAAACUACACAUAUAACACAUGUGCAAUUGUAUGAACAUUGUGGUGCUGUUACGACAGUUGAAGAUCCAGUGCGCUUCAUUGAAAAACAUUUUUAGUUUAGUGUAUGUGUGUGUGUUUUUUUUGCGUGAAAUAAAAAAAAAAUCAACAUGAAAGUACAACAAAAUCUUGUUUUGAACGAAAUACAUACGGUGCAACAUGAAGGAUACAAAAGAAAAACCUAGAGGAAUAUAUUGAACGACACUCACAUUCUCGACGCUCAUACUUUACAUCAACAUCAUUGCGUUUGAAUUUUACAGUUUAGAUUUCGUUUUUCGUAUGCACAAAUUCUAUGUAGUUUAGUUGUGUAUGAAUUUUUCGGAGGUUCAUUGCUAAGAUGAAUGCCAGCCGGACGAUAGCGAAAGAAAUUGGAUGUAAAUCUGAUAAUCAAAACAAAUCCACUCGAUCAAUUUGGUAAGCAGAAUAAAAGACCCAGAGAGAGAGAAAAGAGGAGAUACCAUAACGAGAAUAAACACAUUUACUCAUAAAAACAUAGCCCAAACAAAUGAGUGCGAAAUAUUUUAAUACAAACAAACACACACGCGCGUACGCAAAAAGUCUAUGAAUUAUUGAUUGCGAAAAACAAAAAGAUUUAGUGUGCGGGACAAGAAGAAACCGUUGUGCUAUAGAAAUGUUAAGUGUUGAAUCGUGUAAACGAACGAAAGCAGUCCCUUAAGAGGACUGAAACUCUCGAACGAAUUUACGGACAAAAAUAGAGAAAAAAAAGUGUGAUUUGACACCUACGUCGAGAAAAAAGAAUGAAAACGAGCAAAUGUUCACCGGAAAUUGUGUGAAAAAUAUCGAAACAAAAGAAAAGGAAAGAAAAUAAUAAUUGUGCCCGUUAAAGUGCUAACAGUGAUCAAAAGUUUUGUAGAAACAAAUCUUAACGAAAACAGUUGACCACAUCGAUUCAGAGAAAGAAAACACGAAUCCCCUUUACGAUUAAAUUUAUUUAUUCAGAGAAACAAGAGAAGCGACGAUACAGAGACAAUACAUACGACCAACGUUAUUCGGAAGGAUUUAGCCGCAUGGAUUUUAUUCGUGAUCUGAUAAUGAUGCAAGUUAAUUGCUACAAUGAGAUUAUGUAUUAGGCAAAAAUGCCGUUUAAUUGAUCUAAGUGUGAAUGUUUUAACGCUGUUAUCGAUAUCGCAACCAAAAUAUGCAUCGAUUAAAAUAUUAUUUAAUCAUUUGGUUCGUUUGCGGCGUAAUCGGUGUGAUAAUCGGCCCAGUGUAUGGUGAACAUUUGCGAUGGGCAAAUGAAACUGGGUCACAAUCGAUACGAACACGAGAGCAUCAAGAACAUCAACAACAACAACAUCAGCACCAGCAUCAAAGUCCGUAUCAAUAUGGUUUUUCGAAACCAAAUAAUCGAAGUCGAGGCGGCAUGAACGAAUUGCGACACAAACAGAAAUUAUAUGAGCAACGACAAAAUGAUGAUCCAGAUCAAAAUUCAUUGCAUCGUAGCAGUAAUCCAAUUCACAUCAUCCAACUGAAAAUCAAAGAAAGUGAAAAGGCUGCCCAACGUAUGAGAGAAGAUUCACAAAACAUAAAUACACAAGCUGAAGAGGCAGCAGGAAUUCGAUGUAAUUUCGAAACGGAAUGCCGUUGGAAAUGGGAUAUAACACAGAAUGAAACAUUUCAAUUGGUAACUGGCAGUAAUUUAACGAAAACCGGUUUGCCGCCCGGACCAAGUGCUGAUAAUACAGGUGAUGUCAAUGGUCAUUUUCUUCAUUUACGCAUAACACCAUCGACCACAAUACGAACGCUCAAAUCACCGAUGUUCGGUAUGACUAAAGAGUCAUGCCGCCUCGAAAUGUUCACUCAUCAAAGUGGUAAUAAAAAUGGUAAAUUACGCAUUGUCAUCGAACCGAUUAAUUCGCAUGAUACAACAACGGCAUCGUCGUGGGUGCCAAAUGAACAGAUUGGUAACGAUGAUCGAAAAUGGCAAGAGGAUACAUUUCCAAUUGGUCGGGUGUCGCAGGAUUUUCGAAUAUUAUUCGAGGUUGUGCCAAAUGGUUUACGACCACAACAACGAGGUCAUGUUAGCAUCGAUAAUCUUCGUUUGAGAGGCUGUUUCGAGCCAAAUAAUCAAAUUAAAGCACUCAAUGGAAAAUGCCAUGCACCGGAUGUCAAGUGUACGGCAAACAAAGUGGAAAUGUGUAUCAGUUCACGGCAACAAUGUGACAUCAACAUCGAUUGCGAUAAUAAGGAAGAUGAAAUGGUUAACUGCGAGAAAAUUCCAUUCGGUGGAAUGUGCGAUUUUGAAAGUAGCGGAUGGUGUGGAUGGCAAAAUUCAGGAAAAGCGAUUAUGGUGUGGCAACGACACAGUGGACCAACGCCAACUGAAAAAACCGGCCCAGACAUUGAUCAUACCUUUGAAAAUUAUAAUAGCUCAGGACAUUAUCUAUUCGUCAAUAUGAAUCAACAUGCGGGAAGAAAAAUAUCUGGCUUUGCCAGCAAUGCUGUUAUUAAUAGCAUCGUUUUCAAUCCACCACCGUAUGCACAUCUAAACACCAGUUCGAUCUAUCAACAAACAUGUAUGGCUCGAUUCUAUAUCCAUCAAUUCGGGAAAAAUACAGGCAGCUUAAAUUUUUCGGUCGUUGAAAUUAAGGACAAGGAAAAUAUUACAUCUACACUUUGGUGGAGUUCACGUGAAAUUGGUAGCGAUUGGAAGCGCUUUUCUAUAAUCAUGCCCAAUAUUACAUCGAGAUAUUACUUGCAAUUUGAGGCCCGAAUGGGCAUGCGAAUAUUCUCCGAUGUUGCGAUUGAUGAUUUCUCCUUGAGUCCCGAAUGUUUUGGCUUGAAUAUACCAGCCGAACAUUUACAAGGCUACAACUAUUACGACCAACGUAUUUUACAGGACAAAACACCGCACGUUGACUUUGUAAAUCAAUCGAUUAUCGAGCUGUCUACAUGUAAUACUCGUGGCCGAGAAGGUCCAACACAAGUCAAUUGUAGUGAAGCAUACAAUAAUACAGAGGCGGGUAGUGGAAUUCAAGUAAUUGAAGAUCAAAAAUUCAAAGGUGUUCAAGUAUGGAGUGUACCGUCAGAAAAUUAUUAUACUAUAAUUGCAAAAGGUGCCGGCGGUGGAUUGGGCUCACGUGGUAUUGGUUCAUCGCGCGGUGCAUUGGCUAUUUCAGUCUUUGAACUGCAUAAAGAUGAAAAGAUUUAUAUUUUGGUUGGUCAAAAGGGCGAAAGUGCAUGCAUGAAAUCGUUUAUGCGUGGUCGUAGAGAAAAUGAUGAUGAUAAUGAUUGUGAAUCGAAUAAAAAGAGUACAAAUGGCCGAUCAACGAAUUCAAAUUCCAAAACCAAACAAAUUAAAGAUAUUGUGAUUGAAGAUGAUCGAACUGGUGGCGGUGGCGGUGGAGCAACAUUUAUUUUUCUACUGAAUUCGGCCGGAGUUGAGGUUCCAUUGAUGGUUGCGGGUGGCGGUGGUGGUUUGGGCAUUGGCCAUGUCGUCGAAGAUAAUCAACAACAUGGACGUGUAUACGAUCCUAAUCGACGCGAAGGGAACGGACAACGAAAUGGUGAAUUUAAUAAUACUGGCGGUGCAGGUGGAGGAUGGUGUGGGUCCAGUGAUAACGUACCGGAGGAUCCAUACAAUGGAGAAGCAUUGCUUGAAGGGGCUCAUGGUGGUGAAGCUUGCUAUGCGUCAAAGAGAAUUGGAAUUCACGGACAGGGAGGAUUUGGCGGAGGCGGUGGUGGAUGCCGAAGUGGAGGUGGCGGUGGUGGCUAUAGAGGAGGUGAUACUUUUAAAUCGGUGAUGAAUGGUGAAGGUGGCACUUCAUACAUUGGUUUUAAACGCAGCAUUGCCAAUUUAUCAUUCGUUUAUGCUGGUGAUAAUAUCGGUCAUGGUUCCGUUGUGAUUGUACCAGCUUUGCCUCAUCCAGCAUGCGGCUGUGAUUAUCGUUGUGUCGUUUUAGAUGAAUUCAGUGUUACUGUGAGAUGCAUAUGCCCAGAAGGAUGGCGACUCAAGAAAGAAAAUCAAACUGCAUGUGAACCAAUCGACCGAAAUGAGAUCCCAAUGGAAUAUUUAAUAAUAUUCUUUGCCGUUGUUACAAUACUAUUAAUUGCAGCUUUGGCUAUUUUAAUUUUCAUACUAUACAAUCGAUAUCAACGAAAGAAACAAAUUGCGAUGCGGCAUAAAGUGUUGCUUGAACAAGAUUUACAGUUAAGUCGAUUGCGACAUAAUCCAGAGGAUCAACAACAAACGAAUUUCAAUCCAAACUAUGGAAACGAUUGCAUGUUUACUGGUGCAGUGGAUGUUAAAACUUUGCCACAUGUUAACAGAGAGAAUUUAACGAUGACAAAAGCACUGGGUCAAGGUGCGUUUGGUGAAGUGUUUCAAGGUACUUAUAAAUACAAAGACACCGAUAUGGUCGAAAUGCCGGUGGCUAUAAAAACAUUACCCGAAAUGUCGACCGGUCAAGCUGAAAAUGAUUUUUUGAUGGAAGCUGCAAUUAUGGCAAAAUUCCGUCAUCCAAAUAUCGUUCAUUUGAUUGGUGUAUGUUUUGACGCGCAUCCGCGUUUCAUUGUGCUCGAAUUAUUAGCGGGUGGUGAUUUAAAGAAUUUUUUGCGUGAAGCACGUCAUAGCUUUGAUAAACCAUCAACGUUAACCAUAAAGGAUUUAAUAUUUUGUGCGAUCGAUGUGGCACGUGGAUGCCGUUAUAUGGAAAGUAAGAGAUUUAUUCAUCGUGAUAUUGCUGCACGAAAUUGUUUGCUCAGCUCAAAAGGACCCGGGCGUACAGUGAAAAUAGCUGAUUUUGGCAUGGCACGUGAUAUAUAUCGAUCUGAUUAUUAUCGAAAAGGUGGCAAAGCAAUGUUGCCAAUCAAGUGGAUGCCACCCGAAGCAUUUUUGGAUGGAAUAUUUACGUCAAAAACGGACGUUUGGUCUUUCGGUAUUCUGCUAUGGGAGGUAUUUAGUAUGGGUUUAAUGCCAUAUCCCGGCCUACCAAAUCGUGUGGUUAUGGAAUUGGUGACGGGCGGUGGUCGUUUAGAUGCACCACACAGUUGCUCAGCAGACAUUUACACGUUAAUGUCAAUGUGUUGGAAUCCAGUCCCUGAUCGGCGUCCCACCUUUCAAUAUCUAUUACACAGAUUAAUCGAGUUGUCAGAAGAUGAAAAUGAAAUGAAGAAACCAAUACCGUAUUGCUUUUCCGAUACAUCAUAUAACGAACGGGAUCGAACUCUUAUGCGAGCAAAUGAUGAUUUUUGCCUACAAAUGCCCAACUCAUCCGAUUAUUUAAUACCAUUCAAUGAUUCAAGAGCAAUAGCCAAACAAUUACUGAACGAAGGAACAGGCAUUACUUUACCCGAAACCAUGACAACAUAUUCCCCUCCAAUCGAAUUGAGGCCAGUUUCAUCAUCCGAUAUAAGUUCAAGCAUCGAAAGAGGGCCCAUAUCGUUUGGAGAUGAAUCGCCAUCAACUCCAUUCGAUAUUCGAUCAAUGCCACCGCAGAAUAGUUCAUCAUUUAUAACAACACCAAAUCCAAAUCCAACCACCAGAUGUGAAAUGUUAUCUAGUCAAUCAAUGUCUAUAAGCGAUAAGCUAAUUAGCCUUGAUACACCACAACAAACACCAACGGCAGUGAAUCCGCCGAUUUUAUUCGAUUUAACUGCACAUAAAAAUCAAUUGCCAAAUACCAUAAAUAAUCAUCAAUACAUUGAUGGCAAUGGCAACGGUAAUGGCAACGGCCAAAUCGAUAAAAACAAUUCAAAUAAUAAUCAUCAUUCGAACAAGACGACCAAUGGCCCAUUAACAUUGGAUCCAUCGACAUUGGAAUCGUAUGCAAAUGUUCAAAUGACUAACGCACAACAUGAUGCUUCAUUGACUGUCAAUACGACGACAAAUAAUGUCGUUUCGGGAAAUAAUAAUGACAUAGAAAAACUAAAUCCACCAUUUACGAUUCAAGGGUAUGCAGCAAAGGAACGAUACACACCAGCCAAAGAAAAUCAUUCGGAAAUUAGUUGUUGAUUUCGUCAAAAUAAAAAUGCAUCCAUUCGAUUUUCAAAUUGGAAAGAAAACAACGAAAGCUCCAACAUAGUAAUUUAAAAUUCAAAUUGUAUUAUUAUUAUUUAAAAAAAAGAAAGAGAGAUGAAACAAAAUAAUUCAGACCAAUGAUGAUACAUUAAAUAUGAAUUUUUACAUGCAAAUGAUGAAUAGCUGACCUGAAUGAAAAAAUGAAAUUUCAUAAUAAUUUGUUUGAAUUUCUUCAUAUCCUGAUCAAAAGCCCACACACACACACAUACACACACAGAGCUAAAUUUUCUAUUUUAAAAGAUCUUUUCCUAAUCCCAUCCGUCAUUAAAGCAUCCAUCGUACAGAUUCAAAAUAGCGUCGAAACAGAAACGAUUUAUUCGAUGUGAUCGGUUGAUGGAUAUGAUAACACCAAAAGUUAUUCAAAUGCGGUGCGUUUCCACCACAUUGCAAUUUUUCUGCUUUAAUCAUAUGUCUGCAAGCAUGAGUUCACUAAACUAAGCCAAUUUGUAGAGAAAACAAGAUUUUUUUUUAAACGAGCCUAAAACAUCCACUACCAGACGAAUGGAGAGAACAACAAUAAUUCAACGGAAAAAAGAUAACAAAAAAGUAAAAGUAAAUUCGAAUAAAAACCCCAUUUUAACAUUUAGAUAAAAAAAAAAUUUGAAUAAGAAAGAUGUUGAAAUAGCAAAAGGGAUAUUAUUAUAAAAAGAGCUAAGAAAAAUGCGAAGAAAGCAUCGAAUAAUAAUAAACUUUCAUGAUGAAGAAUUUAUACGCAGAUACACCAGAUCACACCCACACAAAAAUGUCCAAUAAAAUUCUGACUCAGCACACACAUACACAGAAAUCAACCCAAUACGGUGGCAAAUUAUUGGAAAAAUGGCAAGCAGUAGAUAAACGGUUUACAGACAAAUCUCGUAACAAUACCAAUUUCGGGAAUAUUGGAAAGAAACAUACAAAAUAUAUAACGUGUAUAGUUCGAUAAAAAUGUUUUCCGUUCAUCCCCCUGUCCGCUUCCCAUUUUGAAGCGGUAUCCAGGGGAAAUAAAGCGGGUUAACAUUAUACUAUUUAUUCCCCGAGUUAAUGUCGUUUCGAUCGAUAUUUAACUACCCAUCCAAAUAUACGGUACGAUAAUUAAGAUUUAAUAAAUUUAUGCAUAACAACAAGGGAAAAUCGUUUGCCGCCGUUGUAGCAUGAAAAUAAAAGCCUUGAUAAAAAAACACACACACACAUUUUUGAGAAAAAAAAAAAUAUAACAAAAUUCAUUUUAUACCGACCAUUUGCACAUCGAUCGAUUGUAAUACAGGACAAUAGAGAACAUUUUUUUUGCUAAUAUCUAGAUGAACAAACAAAAUAAUAAACACAUACACUCAUUGAAUCAGGCUGUAGAAAUAAAAAUAGAUACACACCUCACAAAUAGAUUAGAGAGUACACAAUAACAAAAAUGACAAACAAAAUUGCUUAUAAGAAAGAUAUGAAACAGUUGAGUGGGAGUUAGAGAAAAUUUCUCGUUUUUGAGGCAUUUUUUAAUUUGAUACGCUUUUUUCUUAUUUAGCAAAAAACAAUAUUAACCAAAAAAAAACAAAAAAAAAGUACAAGGAGGCUUGUUUACAAGCACUCGUGACUGAACAAUGUGUGCGUGGGUGUGCUUAGCUCCGGUGUACAAUUUACAAAGAAUAAUACCAAAAAAAAACGAAACCCCCGUGAGAAUAAUUUUUCUUGUCGAUUUAUUUCGGACUUGCGAUUACAAAAAUUGUGUUUUUUGUUAACUACAAUCGAACAGUUUCACUCAAAAUAGUCGACUCACUCGAAAUAGUUCAUUUUUCCAUGUGAAAAUUUCGCCAAAACACUAUUGGUGAAUUUGAAUUUCAGUCAGACAGUAAUUUUAUUUUCAUCGGGGAACGUAAAUAUUAUGAUAUGAAUUCUUAUAAUUAAUAAGAAAAAGCUUUAAAUCAUUGAAAUAUUAAAUUAAGCAUUUUGAAUAGAGAGAAAAAGCGUGCCAUUUCAUUUGAUUUUUCCAAACGUCUACAUGAACUUCAGUAUAUAAUGAUUGAUAUUUAAAGAUGUGUGUUGUGAACAUCAAGUAUUAUAUGAUUUUAAAUGUUUAUUUCCGUUGCUUUGAAAGAAGUAUACCAUAUAUACAAGUUAAGAUAGAAAUUCAAGCCUUUUCAUUUCCAAUUUUAUUUAUUCAAAGUUAAAAUAGUAAAUAGGAUAUAUAUUUUCUUCAUUGAAAUUUCAGACAAACAAAAUUCAGGUUUCAUUUGCCAUCAUUAUAAAUCAGAUCGAACUCAAAUUGUUCGAUGAAAAAAAAAA